ACAGAUUUGAUAGCAAGAUAUAUUCAUGAAUUCAAGAUUUAUUGGGGGAUCAGUUGUUUCCUGUAAGUCAGGAAACAAGAACAGCAACAGCAGCAGCUUCUUCUGGAUUUUAGUCUGCUUAUUUCCAAAGACUCCAACUUUGAUUAAGUGUGUGGUUAGAAUUCCUUCUAUUAGCAAACCAGAGACCUUUGAAGAGCUCCCUUAGUAUUAGUAGUAGUAGUAAUUGGAAGUUGGCCAUCUAUCUGUAUACUGCAUUGAGAAUCACUUUGUUGGACUUAAUUGUCGGUAUGGUUUCAUCACAAUUACCCACUUUGGCUGAAAAUAGAUUAUGCAAAUCUUUCCUUAGCAAACUUUUCACCCCAAAGAGCAUCCCCAAGUAUAAUAUCCGAGAUGAUCUACACCCAGAUUUUUCUGAUGUUUUUGGUCCUUUUGUGCCAUCAUCUCAUGAAGUUGUUCAAGUCCCUGCAAAUGAUCAGCCAAAGGUUAUCUAUCACCGUUCACAAUCACUGGUUGGUCCUUCUUCCAAUUGUGUUAAUCAAUCAUUGAUAUUGAGCAAGCAUGACGAUGUUAAAGAAGUUGAAGAACUUUUGGCCAGUGAUUCAGUCAUUAAGGUGCCCACCAAAUGUGAUUGUAUCGAUGACAACGUCCCCACUAUAGGCCUUGAAGAUUUUGAAGUUAUGAAGGUUGUAGGGCAGGGUGGAUUUGGGAAAGUAUAUCAGGUCAGAAAGAAAGGUACUUGUGAAAUAUAUGCAAUGAAGGUAAUGCGAAAGGACAAGAUAAUGGAGAAGAACCAUGCUGGAUACAUGAAAGCAGAAAGGGAUAUUCUGACAAAGAUUCAACAUCCAUUUAUUGUGCAGCUUAGAUACUCUUUCCAGACCAAAUACAGACUUUAUCUUGUGCUUGAUUUUAUGAAUGGGGGACACUUGUUUUUUCAGCUAUACCAUCAAGGGCUCUUCAGGGAAGAUCUGGCACGCAUAUAUGCUGCAGAGAUAGUUUCAGCAGUGUGUCACCUUCAUGCGAAUAGCAUAAUGCACAGGGAUCUUAAACCCGAGAAUAUCUUAUUGGAUGCAGAUGGGCACAUUAUAUUGACUGAUUUUGGAUUGGCAAAGCAAUUUGAUGACAGUAAUAGUAGAUCAAACUCAUUGUGUGGAACUGUUGAAUAUAUGUCACCUGAAAUUGUUCUAGGCAAAGGGCAUGAUAAGGGUGCAGAUUGGUGGAGCGUUGGAAUAUUAUUGUUCGAGAUGCUAACAGGAAAGACACCUUUCUGUGGAGGAAACCGUGAGAAAAUCCAACAGAAAAUUGUGAAGGAGAGAAUAAAACUGCCGGGAUUCUUGACCAGUGAGGCUCAUGCUAUCUUGAAAGCGCUGCUACAGAAAGAUCCAACAAAGCGAAUGGGAAAUGGGGUGAAGGGGAGCGAGGAAGUGAAAUCACACAAGUGGUUCAAGGGGAUUGAUUGGAAGAAACUGGAGGAUCGAAAAAUCCAGCCGAGUUUUAAACCAGAAAUUGGAGGCACUGAUUGUGUAGCCAAUUUUGACAAGAAAUGGACUGAUAUGGCUCUGCAGGAUUCUCCAGCUUCAAGUCCAAAGACAACUUCUUCUAUAAAUCCUUUUCGGGGAUUUAACUAUCAGAGACCUUCAACAACAACUGCUUUUAAUUGAGCACUAGAAGAACAAGACCAAAAUUACAACCUUUGGUUUGGGGAUACUAGUAGUUUGAUUACA